GAACGAAAGAGAGAGAGAAGUUUUUUCUAUUUUUAGAAACUUAUGGCAAAUGGAAAAGUGGACUGGAAUGUGGAAGUAGUGGAUUUCAUCAUCAUCAUCAUGACUUCAUGCAAAGUCGGUUUUUACACCAAGUAAACAUUUUUACAACGCCUAGUAAAAGUAAUUACUCUGUUAUUUCAGUUUUAAAAAGAUUUAGGGUUACUAAGUCUACUACUACUCGUAGAGGUGUUUUGAGGUGUCAACCACCAAAGUUUUUGAGAGCGCCCAACUGGUCUUGUCCCAACUGUAACUAUCAGUGGAAGUCUACUGACCAACCAAAUCCUACUGUAUUGACUGAUAAAGACUCUGGAAAGCAGUUUUCACUAGAUUGGAAAAAAUUGUCACAGUGGUUGCCUAUUAAUAGUUUUGAUAAACAAACACAGUUUGUAUUGUCUCUGCUAUCCAACGUGAAAGUUUCAAGUGUUGCUGACCGCAUGUAUUUGUUGGACUCUUUUACUCGUAGCGCCAAUAGAGAAAGACUAGAAAGAGAAAAGAGAAAAGCACUCUAUCAAAAGGUCAUCGAAGAACUGGAAAGAUAUGAUGCCUAUUGUACUGAUGUCGACGAGGAAGUUCGUACCACAACAACUUUGGCUUUUAGUGGAGGAGGUGUAUUAGGCAAUGCUUAUGUCGGUGCACUUUCCGUAUUAGAACAACAUGGAUUGGACUAUAGCAAAAUAACCAAAUUAGCAGGUACUUCAGCAGGUGCUUUAACAGCCGCAGCUCUUGCAGUAGGCCAUAAUGCAGACUCCUGUAAUUGUAUUUUAAGAAAGACAGGAUUCAAAGAACUUUUCUUUCCUGAAUACUCUUCAGUUUUAGGUAUGCGUGGCGGUUCGUCAGGACAGAAAUUGGAAGAGUUUAUUGGAAGUGUAUUAGCAGAGAAGACAGGGAAUCCGGACAUCACUUUGAAGCAACUGUAUGAGGAAUAUGGAAAAGAGUUGGUUUGUGUAGCAACAGAAUUGGAUACUUUACGUGAACGCAAAUUCCGUUAUCAAACUGAUCCAGAUUUACCUGUUCGUCGUGCUGUUCGAAUGUCUUCUAGUGUUCCUAUUAUACUAGAACCUGUCGAAUAUAAUGGACAUUUGUAUGUGGAUGGAGGUUUGACUAACAACUUUCCUGUAGAUGAGUUACCGGAUCGAAAUGGCAUAGGAAUGGUUGCGGAUACUUGGGAAAUAUUGGCACAGAUGAGAUACUUUAUUCGUUUGGAUGAUGCAGAUCCUGAAGAGAGAGACUUGGUUGCUGCUAUGCGAGAAAGAUGGGAACAUGUAAGUAGAGAAAAGAGACGUAUUGUUUCUGUAUUCGAUGUUGCUUUUGCUUCCAUUCGGUGUCUUGUACAGAAUAACUUUGCUCUGAGGCUUCGAAUAGCUGAUGUAGAAGAAGUUAGUCAUGAACAUAUGCAACCUCCUAGAAAUUGGUGGUUAUGUGUAGGGGAGAUUGAUAGUUUUCAUUUAGACUUGGACCAAGACAAACAACAGGAACUGUACAAUAAUGGCAAGUUAUCUGCGUUAUUUUUGAUCCAAUCCUGGAUGCGGAGGCUGAAAAGAAAGGAAACGAAUAUCUUAAAAGAUGAAAUUUUGGAAGGAGAUUGGAAAGCACCCGUUGAUUUGUUAUGGCAAGCUUUGAGUUUGGUAUCAUUGACUGAAACAAAACCAAUAUCUUCAUUGGAGCAACAAACAAAUGAAUCUCAACCUCCUUCAUCAGAUGAUAGUUAUAUGGAGACGCAAGCCAAGUGGGAAACUUCUCUAGCAGAACAAUGUGAAGGAAAGGGACUUGGUGUGCUCACGGAACAGCAAAUGAGUAAGACAUUAGAAGAUACAGAAGAAGAAAAGAGUUCUCUUCAAGAGCAACUCAGUAUGUAUGAAACUAUUGUUCAAGGGAUUCGGGAUCGUUUACGACAACUGAGCAUUUUGUCCAAAUCAAAUAUUUCCAAAGAAAAAGAAGAACAACAUGUGAUGCAAGACGAAGAUGAAUUGGAAAGAGACAAAAGUGAGGAGCAUGUCAUACACCGAGAUAUGUAAAGAAAAUAGGAUAAGAAAUAGGCAAAAAAAUUCGAUCCAUUAUAAUAUUUCUGAAUAAACUAGUUGCUUUUGAA